AGAAUCUAAAUGGACUAGCCGACAAAAUGCAAAUGUUCUUGUCUCUAUCUUGUUCCUGAUAUUUUUUUUUCAUACUAUUCAUUUUCACAGGUAUCUUAUAAAUCCAUAUCCCUCUGUAAGGCUGCAAGCUAGAACCAGGGGAGUUCAUAUAUAUAUAUAUAUUUGUCUGUGGGGGUAUUUCUUGCAUCUCUGCUGAAAUUGAUUCUUCAAACAUGGAGAAGCUUCUUAAUCCGUACGAAAAGGAGUACAUGCGGAUGGCCAUGCUCAAACACGAAGAAACUUUCAAGCAACAGGUAUACGAACUCCAUCGGUUAUACAAAGUGCAGAAGAUUCUGAUGAAGAACACGGAAACCAAUCCAUCAAAGAAGGAAUUUCGGAACCAAAAUAACAUUAGCAACCAUAAAAACAUCGGUAUAGGGUCCAUCGGACGCGUGGAUGGAGAAGAUGCAAGGGCCGAACAAGUUUUGGACUUCGGUGUCGGAUCGGACACAGAGAUGAUAGACGAGAGUGAGAUCGAACUGACACUUGGACCCACAUGUUACGGUCCAUCGAGGAAGAAGAAGUCGUCGUCGUCGGUGUCGGAUUCUCGCCGGAGUUUGUCGUCGACGUCGACGACGGGAUCUACCAACAAUAACAAUGGGACAAGUAAAAUUAUUAUCGAAGAACGAACGAUGCAGGAGAGGCUGAUUAAGCAGCAACCAUGGCUUCAUGUACUGAGCUUGAAUGUUAAUUGAUGAUCAUUAACUACUUAUUUUCUUGAUCUUUAAUUUUUUUUCUUCAUUGGGUUUUUGGUAGUGUCGUUUCCCUUGUAAAUUUAGAUUAGUACAAUGAAAAAAAAAUCCAUCA